GCUUUCGGAUUCUUUACAAUGACGGACCGAUCCGUGUCACAUCAUUUACUGUCCGUCAAGCAAAGUACUAAACCAAAAGAUCUGUUUUACAUUACUCCUUACUUAAACUGUAUUGUACAUGCUGCUGAUGGACUGCGCGGAGGAGACAGAAACAAAAGCAACGGCGCCUUCAGUUGUUGACCGAUAUUACACACGAUGGUACAGAGCAGAUAUGAAGGGCAAGCCGUGUGAGGACCACUGCAUCUUACAGCAUUCAAACAGACUAUGUGUUGUCACAUUAGCAGACACUCACCCCAUCCUUCAGAAUGGACGGACAAUCAAAAGCAUCAACUACCAGAUCAGUAAUUGCUGCAGUCGGCUGAAAAACAAAGUUUCUGGAAAGUCCAAGAGGGGAGGGCAGUUCCUUACUGAUUAUGCACCUCUGUGUAGGAUAACGUGCACGGAUGAAAAUGAAUACACAAUUUACAGCUGCAUCCGGGGCCGUCUACUUGAGGUCAAUGAGAGCAUUUUGGAAACACCUUCGCUCUUGCUGGAAAAGCCAUCCACUGAAGGAUACAUCGCUGUCAUCCUGCCAAAGUUCGAGGAGAGUAAGAGCAUAACAGAGAACCUCCUGAGCAGAGAGCAGUUUGAGAGCCUUGUCUCUAAACGUACCGUUGACCAAUCACAGCCCUCUUGACAGAGUUCCAGAAUCGUGCCUUGUUUAAGUUUAGACUUUCUUGAAGGUCUUCUCUUCUACUCACUCCCACCAGGUUUGAUGAAGACGGAGGACAUCAUCAAAGAAAAUGACUGAUACAUAUGUGACUUCAGAGGAACUAUUGCAUUUAAUGCAAGCACUGUGCCAUGCCUCUAUUCUUUCUUCUUCUUUUUUUAUAUAAUUUUAAAAUUGAGGGAGGGUUCCAGAAAGUAAUGGGAAGUAGCUUAUUUAUUGUUUUGAUUUUCUGGUUUGAAAACAUUACUAUUGUCUGCUAAAUAUCCUCAACUAUUUUCAGCCCUUAUACGUUUUCUAGGAUAUCAAUAAACACAAAUGACAGUGAUGUAAGAAAAA